AUGAGUGUAGUAUAUGAUCAAGUCAAUCAGUGUCCAAUUUUCUUUCAUCAAGGAAACAUAUUUGAAGGAACAUUAGAUCUGUUUCAUAAUGAAUUAAAUAAAUCAGAUGUUUGGUAUCUUACUUGGGAUGAAAUAUCUGCAUGCAUUUCUAAAAAUGUUUAUGAUGAUUCAAUGGAGAACUUAAAUGUUACUUCCAAAAUUUUAUAUCCCAAAGUUGAUUAUGAAAAAGCUAAAAAAUUGUUUGGAAUGUGGGGAGGUAUACCACAAGUUGUUUUGCAAGAUGCAAGCGCAAAAACUGUAAAUGUGAUAAAUCAAGAAAUGGAAGAUGCAAUCAAAAUUUGUGAUCUUGAUAUGAUAGUAAAAAUAGUUGGAGAUGUGGUUGAUCCUAAGCUUGAAGUUAACAAUAAGAUUGUGCAUAUAUACACUAAUGUUCCUGAUCAAGAACAAGAUAAUGUGGAUAAUAAUACUAUGGAUGUGUGUAAAAAAUUUGAUGAUUCAUUAUUUCCACCAUAUGCCCAGCAAUUGGUACUUUUUGCAUCAACAUAUGUAAGUGAAAAGGUUAUAAAUCGUUAUGAGGAGGAAAAAAGGGACCAGUUGUACAGUUUUUUAUCAGCAAGUAAAGACCAGAUGGGAUAUGAAACUUUGCAAGGAAAUAUAUUUGAGGCAGUUGCACAUAGAAUUUUGCAAACUGGUGGAAACUAUGUAACACGUUGUCUAGAAAAUGAAAAUGAUGAAAUAAGAAUAGAGAAAUUCCCUAGACUUGAAAAUAAAAUCUUUCAAUCAAUAAGUGAUAUUAAUACACAUAAUGAAUAUUAUCAACCACAACAAAAAAAUUUCUCCUCAGUGGACUCAUUGGUUUUACCAAAUAUGUUGUUUCAGAUGACUAUUAAUCAGCAUCAUGGUAUCAAGGUCAAGGGAUUAAAUGACCUUAAAAAUAUACUUGAUGUCACAAGGGAGAUCAAAUUUUAUUUUGUUAUGCCACCAGGAUAUUUUGAUGGAAUGAAAAAGCCAUCAUUUCAUACCAGAAAAGGGGAAGAUUCAAAAAAUUACCAUUUUAGACUAAGAAUAAA